UUUUUUUACAAAAUUCUAUAUAAUUUUAGUUCCUAGCCAUGUAUCAAAUCUAAUAAUUAUGGCUUUUAGACAAAAGUUAUAAAAAUCAAAAAAUCCUUUCAAUUAAAAAUAUAAACUUCCCCUUAAAAGUAUUUUGCAAUUUGUUAUGUGAACGCGACUUAUUGGACGGAAUCCAUUUUCCUUGGUGUUGUUGUGACAUUUUGCGCUGCUCUUGUCCUUAGAAAAAGGAAAUACUAGUGAAUAAAAUUGUAUUAAUGCUAAGAACUUCAACGACAUAAAUGUGUUAUGAUUUAUCUUAAAACUACAAGUACAUCUUAGAAGAGAACUGUAUAACCGUGGAAACGAAUGCACGAUGGGUUGAAAUUGUGACUAUUGUCGGCAUAAAUACAUUAUUUUAAUUUCAAGACUGCUCACGCUCUACCUUACAAAUAAGAAUAUUAAACGCAUACUUCCACAAUGGAGCUUGAUGUAUCUCCUGCAAAUGUAGAGGAGAACGAUAUGGAAUUCUCCGACAAUUCGUCAGAGAGUAAAUACUUAUCCUGUAAUAUCAGUGAGCAGUAUUCCGUCGUACGCAUUCCAGAAGACGAUGAGGCACCAGAACCUAAAUCGAGCAAGCACUCAUCGCGGAAACAGUCAAAACGAAGAAAAAAGAGUUCUAAUCAUUCAAGGCCUCUACCAAGGAUUAUAGUAAAGCCUUUACCUCCUCCACCACCACCAGAGGCCAGGGAAUGGACGGCAGCUACGACUUACACGGAGACAAACACUAGUUCUAAUAAACUGUCUACAAUGCGCGAGGUACUUGCCAGUAUACCAGGAUUCUGUCUCAAGCCUCGCAAACGAAGUGGGAAGAAGUUAUCUACUGCUGCACAAUUGCAGCAAACUAGAGAAGGCUGUAUAGAUUUAGAGACCCCCGAUUCAAUAUUAGUCAACACUAACAUUAGAGCACUACUAAACAAACAUACAUUCUCAUUACUUCCGCCACUGUACCAGUACAAGCUUGGGCAGCUGCUUCCAAGUGUGGAUCGCCCUAGCUCUUCUGGUCGCCUAAGUUCUUCUAGUCUGAAUAAUGAAUUCUUUGCGCGAGCCUGUCUAGAGUGGCAGGAGUGUCUAUCGGGUGGUGAAUUUACACCUGAAAAUCAGCAGAAAAUAAAGUCGGAAGUAGAGAAAGAAAAAAGCAAAAUUGACCCAUGGAAGUUAAAACAUUUUGAGCCCUUUUGGGGAGAAAAAUUUAAAAGAGAGAAAUCUUCCCUUAAUUUGAAUUCAGAGAGACCUUCACUAAAAACAACUAUUAAAUUGAGACCCACAGCGUCCAUUACAAGCACUAGUACAGUUCCAAAGAUUAAGAAAAGUAAAUCAUCCAGUAAUAGUAAAAGAUUAAGGAAUGUAGGCGCAGUAACCCGGUCAUCCGCCAAAGCAGAUGAAGUAGUAGUAGAAGAACCUCCUCUCAAUGCAAAGUCCUCAGCACCAGUCCCGGAUUUACUCCCUCUCAAACAUGCCAAGUCUCAAAGGGGCUAUGUGGAAUGUCAAGUUGACUUUAAUUUUUCUGACUCUUCAUCGGCACCUAGGUUGGAUGACUCAGUUCCUUCCACACCUGUGGAUCCCCUAUUGCUACCAGAUGCAGAAGCAGAAAGAAGUGAGGUUAAACAAGAGUUAGACCUUAAUGUUGUAACAAUAGAAGAGUCAAGUGCAUCUAAAGAAAAUGAAACAAAUAAAACUGACACAGAAACUUUCUUUUCUGAAACUGCUAAGAGACUUAGUGAUGAUAAUGACAAUGAAAACUGUAGUAUAGCAAAGAGGAUCAGGUAUGAAGAGGAAGAAGUAUUUAAUUAUUUAGGUUUUUUAACACAGAAUGUAGAAGAGUCAGGAAGCAAUAACUGUUCUGAUGGUGAAACAAAUGAUCCCAAUGAUCAGAUUUGUCCAAGUGAUGAACACACAUACCCUGAACAAGACCAAGUAGACACAAACAGUGAAGACAGCAAGGCAACUGCUUCUGUGUAUGAAUAUGAUGAAAGAAGUGUAUCCUCAUUAUCAAGUUUGAAAAUUGACAACAAUAUCAGUAACAUUGGUACCGGGGGCGAAGCUAAUGUCACCAAUGAUACUCUGCAAUGUGAGAAUUCAGUCACAGAAAUAGAGGAAAGCCCUUCUAAUGAUAAAGAAGAAACUAAAGAUUCUCCAACUCCUGUUUCACCUCAAGCAUUCAUACCAGAACAGUUUUCUACAGAAGAUAAAAAUGUUUCUAAUUUUGAUAUUGCUUCACCACAAAACACUGCAACUGAAGAUGUUAAAAAAGAAUCAUAUCACAAGUCUGAACUAGAAAUAAACAGUCAAAAUGUUCCAGUUCAUGAACAAUGUAAUGAAAAAGACAAUGAGGAUAGUUGCGAUAAAUUUGAAAAAAUAAGAUCAACUGAAAAUAUUGUACAUAAUUACUAUGAUGAACACUUUAAGGAUGCAGAGUCCUUUAUUUUGGAGACAGGAGGACUGUCAAUACUGACUUCUCAAUGUGAAGAUGUAAAGUAUGCAACUCAUCCCAAUUUAAUGGAAUUAUCAUCAUACAUGAGUGAGACAAAUGUUACUGCUGUUGUGACCAUGCCUAUGCCACAGAAUUCAUCAAUACCUAUUAUGGAAGUAACCAACACAUCUAUGGUGUCAUAUCCUGAUGACAACAUGCAAGACCCAGCAAAACCAAAAACUUCAGCAGUAUCAUGGAAAACCGAGAACAAUUUGACAAAUGAUGUCAUCACCUUACACAAUUUCUCAAACACAAGCAUAGAAAAUUCCAAAUAUCUCAGUGAAGAUUCAAAAACAAGCAUGGAAGACACAAACAUGAAUGAGGAUAAUUGUAUGUAUAAAGAAGAUAGGGAUGCAAAUUUUAAUAUGGAGUCAUCAAAUUCAUCAGAAAGUUGUCAGUCAAUGAAAGAUGCUUCUGUGAAGCCAGACUGUGACCCGGUAACUAGUCUAGUUUCUAGUACCACUGCUAGUAACCCACCUGUGAGUUCAACUACGAUGACAAAUAUUGUGAGGCCAUCAGGGAAAAAGUCGAAAUCGGGAAAGGAAUCGAACAGAAGCCGCAGCUCAAACAAGGUCCCCCCAGGCGCCGUGAACCUGGAGCGCAGCUACCAGAUCUGCCAGGCCGUGAUCCAGAACAGCCCCAACCGCGACGCGCUGCGCGGCCAGCUGCGGCCGCCGCCCGCGCUGCUCACGCGGCCCGCGCGCGCGCCGCGCCCGCCCCCGCCCGCGCCGCCGCCCCCGCCGCCGCCGCCGCCCCCGCCCGUGCUGCUCAGGCAGCUGCCCGUGUCCGUCAUGCCGCAUAAUGAGAUGAAUGAUAAUAGAGCCAACAACAUGGGACAAUACAUUCUCGUCCAGCGGACUCCUAACGUAGCACCAAGGGCAUCUAGCGCUCCGCCAGCCAACCAAAACACCAAUGUUAGCGUGACGCGGUGCCGCAGCGUGGGCGCGGACGACGCGUGCGUGUGCAACCUGCGCGCCAUGAUCCUGUGCAAGAAGUGCGGCGCCUUCUGCCACGACGACUGCAUCGGCUCGGCCGAGCUCUGCCUCACCUGCCUCAUACGCUGACACGAAGCGGCGCCGGAUGCGCUCAGCCCCAAGUCCUUAAAAACGUUUGUGUGAAGUGUGGUUGUCGACAGCGGGGCGUCGUGGAUCAUGACACGGCUAUCUCGCGCUUGACCCGGCGAGCUCAAGGAAAUGUUCGAACUGUGGAAGUAAAGAGGUUCGGCUCAGUGAAGUGCCCUGUCUCACAUGUGGACGUGACUCGCUCUCAGUGAAUUCUCUCACAAACUCUUGUGACUUGGCUUUUUUAAGUGUUUGAACAUGUGUGGAAUGUGGUUUUCGGAUGUGGUGCUAUCAUUUUGAAGAGUGAGAGUCGCACGUGUAGAGUAGACGAUGGUAUAAACUAGCAUUGUAUUCACUAAAGUAGCUUAAUGAUUGUCGCAGAUAAUUCACGCUAAUAUAAUCGAAAUCUUCAGACGAGGGUGCAGCUUAACUAAAUGACAUAAAAUAGGGUCUUUUUCCAUUUAAGUAUUAAUUAUUUAUCGACAAUAGAAAUAUUUUUACACUGUUAAGCAAAACAAGAGAGAUGAGUAGUAAUUUCGUAUAUAGAUUUGCACAUCACAUUAUUAGAUUUUGUUCAUUUUGCACAACUAUGCCAUUUGUUAAGGCUCAUUAAUCUUAAAUAUUACAUUAUUUAUUUGAUAGAACAUAAUAUGGGAAAUUGUUUAUUUGAAUCUUUUCUCUACUUAGACUCUUAUUGCUGUACUUUAAUCUUUUGUUAAUUUUUAUUGAAAAUAAGAAUCAUAGUUCUUGAUAAGAGUACAUAUGAGUAAAAUUAGAAUUUAAGCUAGGUAUAGAUAUGAUUUUGCCAUUAUAUUUUUAAUAUCUGAUUAUCAUCACAAGUUAGUAUUGUUUUUAGUUUGUAUAGUUUUUUAGCCAAGCGUGAGACUCGCUCACAGGGCCGCGUCGGCGCAGAUGCGGACUCCUUCCUAGUUGUAUGUCUUAAUUAAGGACAUGUACAGAUAUUUAUUGACGAAAGAUAGCACGGUCGCGUAUUACUGAAGGCUUGUAACCUAUAGUUGCUGUUUGAUUCUCUUUCUAAUAAAUAUGGUUCGAAAGAGAGGCAUACAUUGAUUGCAAGUUACAAGCCUUUUAAAAAACGCGACCCAGGUGGUUAAAACAUCGGGUCGAAUUGUAAUAUUACAAUGGAGGGUUCUAUACAUUUGUAUAAGUAUUUUCUAUAUUACUUGUUAUAUUUAAGUUUUUCAUUAUGGCGUGUACACUAAUACGACACUAAGUUAUGCAAUAUAUUUAUAGCUGUCUAUCAUAUUUUUGUAAGGACAUUUUACAAAAGAAUAUUGCUUUUGCCAAUUUAAGACUUGGAUUGAAAUUAACAUGAAUGAUCCAUGUAAUCUCAGAAUGAUCUCUUGAUUUUACAUGGCCUGUUGUACCACACGUAACUUUAGAAUGUAACGAACGUAACAUAGCGCGGUAACGAUAUUGUAACGAGAUACUGAAUAUGAAAAAGUAACUGAUUCAAUAUAAUUAUGUUAAUUAGAUAGCGACCAUAUAAUGGCUAUGCCUAGAUUGUUCACAUAGCAAUGCCUUAAGUGAUGAUUUCUAGACGCCGUAUCUCAUCAAAGGAUGUUACAAUUAAAAUAAGCAAUCUUAACAUAUAUUAUAUAGGCAUUUAAUAUAACGUAUUGCUCACUCUGUUUCAAUCAGAAAAUAUAUAAUACAUAUAUCACACAUUAAUAACUGUUAACAUUGUUUUACAUGUAUACAUAGUGUCAAAAUACUAUUAUUUAGAUGUUAACAAAUGCCUCCAACAUACCUAUUGCGAAUCAAGCAUGCUACUUUUUUUUAUUAAAUAUGCCCUAGCAAAGCACGAUCUAUCGCCGAUGUAACCCAUUUAUCUCUUUUAAGCAAGUAUGUAUCCAUCCACAAAUUGAUUUAAUGGUUUAAUUUGGUGAUAAACCAUACUAUGGUAGGCGGACUGGUAGAGAUAUUUAAUGGUAUAAAUUACAACACUCACAUAAUUUGAGUUGUGAAACUUUAUAUAUCACACAAAUUAUCUAAGAUCUAGAAUAAAAUUAUAAUAAAAGUAACAGUUCAUUUUAAAUGGCUGAAACUUGUGAGAUUUGAGUUGUCAGAAAAAUGUCACCAUCCAUAUUAAAUGUAUGUUCAUGCAUUAUAUAUUACAUACAUUAAGUAUGUAUACUAACACUGUGUAGAUUUCCAAGAUACAUUGAUUGAGUAAGGUGCGUAAAAUCUAAGACAACUUCGUGCUUCGAAUUUAACAGGUAAACGAGAUGGCGCUGUACAGCUCUAUAAUAUUGCGGUAUUUACGUUUGACAAUUCAGUGACAGCAAAACAUAUGGCGCAGUACAGCGCCAUCUGUUUUGGAUGUCAAACUAAGGGCCGCGUCUUUUUCUUAGACUUUACACCUCGCUAUUACAAUCUAUUCUCUUUGGUAGACAUGCAAUUGUAUGUAAUAUGUAUGAAUGGACUUGAAUAUUACUAGCUCCAUGUGCAAACCUAUGCCACAACUGAUUUUCAUAAAUAUUGACCAGAUACAUUUUAUCUUGCAACAAAGUAUCAGCAACUAAUUCAUCAACCAUUUGUGUGUACCUUCAUAUAAAUAGUGAAUUCCAUUAUGUUUAUUUUAUUAAAGAAACUAUUUAGUGUAGUAUACACAACUGUGCACUCAAACGUCUCAAACUUAUUUAGGUACUUGGAACAAGACAAGUGUUGUCCACUUUGCAGGGCUAUAACCGCGAAAAUACAAGUUCUUCAAUUGCGGGCAUUUUUCUCUGUCACUCUAAUUACGUCUUAAUGAGAGUAAAAGAGAAAGAUCCCCGCAAUUUAUUUCGGUUUUCGCGGUUGGCCCCCAGGUUCUAAUUAAUUAUACAGUGUGAAUUACUAAAGAGACACUUUCCAGAUAGGUUUUCAUACAUUGACCCGCAUGUUGCUAUCUCUAUUGCACGCGCAAACUCAUAAAAUAUAUAUAAUAUUGCUGUCAAACUCGCACAGUGACACCAGCAACCGGCAUCAUGGGCGGGACAGCAAUAUAAUUAUGCGCGUGCAAUAGAGAUAGCAACAGGCGGAUCAAUGUACGAUAAUCUAUCUGGAAAGCGUCUCUGCUUUAAGCAAUAGCUAUUGAACACCAGCACACCUAACUGACCAUUUUUAGCUUAAUUCAUUGCAAUAAGGUUUAUGAAUAUUCGUUUAACUGUAUUGACUAUGACGAUAUUUUUUUGUUUUUUGUUUGUAUAUUUACUAUAGUACAGUUAACUCAUUGGCAGUGCUUGUAAACACUGCAUCAUUUAGAUUUCUGGUAGUGGAUAGAAAAUAUGCUUAUAGGUUUCUGUAGUGCGAACUGGACAUCGCUAUACACAAUUACACAUGCGUAACGCUGUCCCGCUCCCACACCAGCGAGCCGUGUGAUUGCUAAGUCUGGUCAUAUGUGGUGUAGUUAUGAAAAUCAGUUGCAACUAAAUACCAAAAGAGUUACUCCAAUAGCAUGCCUUAGCCACCAUCAGCAUUGUUUGAUUAGUAUUGGACUUAAUUAUAUUAACGUAAUUAAAUUAGAUAUCUUUUAUUUUUCAUUUGGCUACUAGAAACUGAACUUUACUUUGUUAUACUGAUAGUAUUAUUACUAUUUGUGUAAUUUUUUAUUUUUCAUAAUGUUUUUUUUAAUAGUGAUGAAACAUUCGCAUUGUUUUUUAUUGGUUAAUGAUUAUUUUAGACAUGAACGUUCUUCUCGAAUAAAUUUAUGUUCUAAAUCUA